AUGACGACAACGGUUCCAUUGAUCUAUUCGUUUCCCGAAUUCUUGGGAGUUGCUGAUGCAGUCGCUGAUCUCGUCAUUUCAGCCCAGAAUCAAACAUUGUACAACACAACCGAUCCGAAGCAAAUAGAAUUGAUCAAACUGGGUCAACUCAAACGUCCAAAUGUUUUCAAAACAAACAGCUCGCUUUCGGUAGCAGUGGGACUCAACGGGGGAGCAGGAGCAGGAGCAGGAGGCAACGGCAAUGGUAACGGAAGCGGAUUGAGCCAUUCCAGCACCGGCACAACUACACCUAGCCACAGUCCCAGCCAGAGUCAAAGCGGAUUCAACCUCGCCAACUUAUCCUCGCCAUCAGCCACGAAUUUACAACAAAAUGCCAAAGUCAAGAAGGAGAAAAAAAUCAUGAAAAAACAGGAGAUACGCUUCAAGAUUGCCAUAAGCGGUGGGUCGCUCAUCAAGAUCCUCAACCAAGGUCUCUUGAAGAGACAAGAGUUUAUCGAGUGGGACAAGUGGGAAAUCUAUUUUGCCGACGAGAGAUUGGUACCGUUUGCAAGCGAAGAUUCCAACUAUGGACAAGCUGAAAGAGAUAUCUUCUCUCACAUCAAGGGCGAUAAAAAGCCACGCAUUUUCCAUAUUGACGAGUCCUUGAUCAACGAUCCCCAAGAAGCAGCCGACGAUUACGAAAAACAAUUGAUACAGAAUUUCGCCAAGAAGGAUUCCGUCAAGUUGCCCAUGUUUGACUUAUUACUACUUGGAUGUGCACCCGAUGGCCACAUUGCAUCGCUUUUCCCCAAGCAGGGCGAAGCAUUACGAGAGAAAUUGGCCUGGUGCAUACCCGUGUCGAACGCGCCUCUGGGACCAGAAAAUAGAAUCACCUUGACCAUACCUGUCAUCUGCCACGCGGCAAGGGUGGUCUUUGUAGUGGAAGGAUUAACAAAGGCACCAAUUAUCAAGACGAUAAUGGAGAGACCCGAGAAGGGGUUGCCUGCGUCGAUUGUCCAUGAGGGUUCCGCUGGUCGAGUCAGUUGGUUUGUCGAUGAUGCUGCAUUGAAUGACUUGUAUGAUAUUACCAAGAAGAAGUAUAAGUAUUUGUCUAUACCGGAUCCCGACGAUGAUGACGAUGAUGAAAAUGACGAGCAAAAGGAGAAUUAG